AUGGCUACUUCUUCUCAAAUAUUUGGAUAUGUGUGGCUAGGUUUUAUCAUUCUUGGGACUGGUAUUGGAAUAUUAACAGGUCAUUUAGUGAGUCAAAGUUGGUAUCAUUGUAUAACCAACUAUGAUUAUUGUUAUCCAUCAGAUGAUAUAUCUGCUGGUAUUAUUGCCGGGGUUGUUUUAAUAAUUAUUGGUGGAAUUUGGUCUCUUGUUUCUUCUG